AUGUACACUUCUGCUGAAUCCGCAACUCCUGAUUUCAAGUUCUUUGACGAGCAUUCUCCAUUUGAAUUUGAAAGCCUCUUUGCUCCAACCGAAGGUCUCUUGAUGAAGGAAGGAAUUACUCCUUCUUUCGAUGCUUCUUUGCAAACUCCAAAGAAGAUGUUCCCUUCUGCGGUAGGACUCACCAUCAACACUCAAGCCAACAUGUUUGUUGGUCCUCAAGCUAAGCUUGUUUCUGCUGCUGUUUCUUCUUCCGUUGUGGAGAAUGUUGAAUCUGCCUUUGAGGCUUUGCUUGCUGAUUCCUUCCUUCCUACUGAAGAGUUGUUGAACCAAUUCUGUGCUCAUGAAGACGCUGCUCAAAACCAUCAUGAUGAUAGCAGCACCUCUCAAGACUCUUUCGAAGAGGAGGACAGCAACGAUGAAGAAGAGGACUUGAAAUCAAGAAAGAAGAUUGUUGCCAAAAGAAAGGAUUCUAAAAAGAAGGAACACUCUUCUGUUGCUGCUGUUACUCAACAUGCCACCAGUUCUGCUGAUCGUGUGUGGUCUACUGUUUAUGCUGAUCCUUCUGUUGAUUUGAGCUCUGUGAUUGUCAUGAUCAAGACCAGAAGGGAUAAACCAUCCGAGUACCUCCCUGAAAAGAUGUAUUCUUCUCUAAAGUAUGAGAUUAUUCAAAAGGCAAAGGGAGGUCUUUUGAAGAAUGUACCUUUGCUCUUGUGCCGUGCUAAUGUGGUCGAUGCAACUACCUUUGAGGAAAUUAAAAAGAAGAAGCCUGUAUUGAAGGGUAGUAUUGAAUCUGCAUUGACCAAAGAACCAACCAACAAGAAUGCUGAUGAGUUUGAGUGCAAGAUGAAGGUCCAAUUUGAUUUCUCCUAUCACCAAGAUAAGAGAUUGGUCGCUCUUGAAUUGAAAUAUUACUUGAAUGACAAAUUGGACCAACCAAUUUUGAUUAAGAGAUCUUGUCCUCUAAAAGUGUAUGCACGCAAACCAAAUAAGACCAAGAGAAAGAGAGAAGAGGACAAGGAAAAGAAGUUGAAAAAACUUAAGGAAAGUCAAGAGAAGGACUUUCAAGAUUUUGCUGGUCAACUUGAGAAAUGUUUUGAAUUGGCCAACAAAUUUGCUGGUGAUGAGAAGAAGCGUGCAAUGUUUACCAUCAUGCAAAAAUUUGCACAUUGCUUUGGAUCUGAUGCUACUGUGUUUGAUGACGUGAACAAUCACCAAUCAAACACCUCUAUCUUCACUGACAGUGCUUCUGAAGGUGAAGAUUUCUUUUGA